GAUUACUUAUUGGCUAACUGCAUGUUGGUCAAACUCAUACUUAACAUUGUAUUAAAGGUUUAUGCAACUUCUUGGAGGGCUGUCCCGUCCAUAGACUACCGGUACAUAUAAAAACAGGUCCCGAUUCCCGAUCUUCCGAUGCUGAGUGACGUUCAAAGCUUCAAACGUCAUCAAUCAGGUGGUAUUGUCAUUUCGAUAAAGGCAUAGGCAGUGUGCUUUGAAUGCUGCAUCGGAGCCUCGGGAUCAAUCGUCUCACAGUUGCUGAACUUGUGUACCUUUUAAAAAAUAUAUAUUAUUAGAGCAGCUUCCAGAUAAAGUAGGUGUGUCCCACACGUCUCUAAAACCGGGAAACUAGGUAAUAGAAAAGUUCUGUGUCUCUGUUUAUAUUUGUGUUUACACAAUGUAAAAUGGCAGAAUCCAGUAUUUCAGUGGCUCAGGAGGGGUUCAGCUGCUCAAUCUGUCUGAAUCUACUGACGGAUCCAGUGACCCUCACCUGUGGACACAGUUACUGUGUGAGCUGUAUUACAGGCUGCUGGGAUCAGGAUGAUCAGAAGAGAGACUACAGCUGUCCUCAGUGCAGACAGACCUUCACUCCAAGACCUGUUUUAGGUAAAAACACCAUAUUGGCUGAAGUGGUGGAGAAAUUCAAGAAGACAAAAUUAAAAGGUUCUCGUCCUGAUCAGUGUUACGCUGAACCUGGAGAUGUGGAGUGUGACGUCUGUACUGGGAGAAAAUAUAAAGCCAUCAAGUCCUGUCUGGUGUGUCUGGAAUCUUACUGUCAGACCCAUUUUGAACGUCAUGAAGAAUUUCGCUCUGGCAAGCGACACAAAGUGACAGAUGCUAUUGGAGAAUUAAAAGAGAUAAUCUGCUCUCAACAUGAUAAACUACUGGAAAUUUUCUGUCGUACUGACCAGCGCUGUAUAUGUUAUAUGUGUAUGGUGGAUGAACACAUAAACCAUGACACUGUAUCAGCUGCAGCAGAGAGGACUGAGAAACAGAAACACUUGGAAGAGACCAAGAGAAAAUUCCAGAAUAGUAUCAAGGAGAGAGAGAAGGAGCUUGAGGAGCUGAGAGAUACUGUAGAGUCUUACAAGCGCUCAGCACAGACAGCAGUGGAGGACACUGAGAGGAUCUUUACUGAGCUGAUCCGCUCCAUUGAGAGAAGCCGCUCUGAGGUGACACAGCUGAUCAGAGAUCAGGAAAAGUCAGCAGUGAGUCAAGUUGAGGAACAACUGAAGCGACUGGAACAAGAGAUUGAAGACCUGAGGAGGAGAGACGCUGAGGUGGAGCAACUUUCACACAAAGACAAUCACAUCCAUUUCCUCCAGAGUUUCCAGUCUCUCUCUGUUCCUCCUGGAUCUACAGACUCAUCCAAAAUCCCUGUCAGUUCAAGUCUCUCUUUUGAUGAUGUUGUAAAAUCUGUGUCUGAUCUAAGAGAGAAACUAGAGCAUUUCUGCAGGGAAGAGAUAAAAAAGAUCUCUGAUAGAGGUAAAAUACCUGCUAACCACGAGAGCAUUCCCACUCCAGAAUAUGAGAGCAAGAAGGAGUUCCUAAAAUAUUUCCAGCGCUUCACACUGGACCAAGACACAGCAUUAAAAAACCUCUGUCUGUCUGUAGGGAACAGAGUGCUUACUUUUGGCCAUGAACGGCCAUAUCAUGAUAAUCCAGAAAGAUUUGAUGUAUAUGCUCAGGUAUUGUGCAGAGAGAGUGUGAGUGGAUGCUCUUACUGGGAGGUCGGAUGGACUGGACAUAGAUGGUUGACAUAUAAGUGUAUUGGCAGGAAGGGAGACAGUAAUCCAAUUAAACUGGGAAGUAAUAAUCAUUCCUGGUCUUUGAUGUGCUUUCUUGGCCAAUGUAGUUUCUGGCACAAUGGUAGAAAUAUUGAUCUCCCUGCAGUCCCCUGGCCCUCUAGAAUAGGAGUGUAUGUGGAUCAGAGUGCAGGAACUAUAUCCUUCUACCAUGUCACUGACAAAAUGAACCUCCUUCACAGAGUCCACACCACAUUCACUCAGCCUCUCUAUCCUGCGUUCUGGAUAGAUCCAGGAAUAGGUGUGAGACUGUUUGAUUUAUAGAUGGUAUAAAGAUUCUACCAACAAUAAUCCUAUAUCACAGAGUUUAAAUUUCAGAUUAAUAUAAUGGUUGUAGUGAAAGACUGAGGAAGAAACUAGGAAUAAUGUAGAAUAAUAUUCCUAAUGUGAUUGUUUAAGGCCAAUCAUGCUAUGUUUUUACAUUAUUUUGUGUGCUAUGUUUGGGUCUAGAGUGAAUCAUUGAAAACCUGAUGGGAAAAGAACAUACAACUAAUAAACUGAAUCAUCUGAAUUUAAAUCAAUAAAGCAGCAUGUUAACUGACA